UAUAAAUACGUGACAAGCUCAUUGUCAAUUUAGAAUGAUAAAUAGUUAUUCAUGUGAAUAAAAUUAUGAAACCUUCGCAAAGAUGAAUCUAUGGAAUAGAUAUAUUUUUAAAGUUAUUUUGUUUUAUCUUCAUUACCAUUUGCAAUAUUAUAAUGCAUAUAGUCAACAAGUUAUCUUCAACCACGGAAUAGGAGAGAACGAGUUUAUAGUGUCAUCGGUCAAAUUGAGUUAUAACCAGUGCUUAACUCGUUUUAACAGCUAUACUGGACAUGCAAAUACCAUGGUGUACAAAAGACGUUUCUCAGUGUGUUACAUGCAUUUUGUUUGCGGAACAUUUGAGCAUGUGCAGGAACCUGGGUCAGUACUUGCACAUCGCUCUAUGAUCGAAGCAAAAGACUGUCUUGAACUGUAUGAAAUGGGAUGGCGUGAAGAUGGUACAUAUACAAUUAAGCCCGACGGAAGUACUUGUAUACGGACAUGGUGCGAUAUGACAAAUGGAGGUUGGACAGUUAUACAACGUCGAAUGAACGGGAGAGAAAACUUUUACCGAACAUGGGAAGAAUAUGUUCAUGGAUUCGGACACGCCCUCAGGCAGUAA